AUGACUUGGUGGGAUGUUACUCCCCACCUCGUCAAGUGUCGCGACCUUGAUGCCAAGUGUAGCGAGCUGGAGGAGAAGCAGCACGCGCUCUACGAGCCCUACAAGAAUAAAUCCGAGAACGUGCGCUCGAAGCCGAGGAAUGAGCACCAGGUGUUGUCUGGUGUUAAACACGCCUUGACAGACGCCAGCGGUGACACGAAUGCUUGGAGCAGAAUGUCCAAGGUCAAAGAGGCCCUUGCUCAAAUGGACGGGUCUGAGAAUCGCCUGAAUUUGAUUGAAGGCGAGCUGGACAAGUUUCCGUUUGCUGCUGCCUUUCGAGCCGAGAUGCUCGGUAAGUUGCAAGAAAUGGAAACCAAACACGCGCGACAGAUCGAGGAGGUGCGGGACGAGCUCAAGGAACAACAAGCCGUCAACAAGGAGGUGCAGGCGGAGCUUCAAACGAUCCGGCAAACGCUGAAGUAUCCCAUCUUGAAGCGCCAAAUCAUCAUCAAGCUCGCCACAAUCGUGGGCGAGCGCUUUUGGCCGAGUGACUCUUGUUCAUGGCCGUGUGACGAUGACAUCCACCGGCUUCGUCUGCUGUUCAAGUACAUGGACUGGGCCACCGCACAGGUGGCGCAAGACGAUGGCUUCCGAGGUCGUGUUCCGCAGAAGGGGUGUCCAGCAGACACAGAAGAUUUCCACACCUUGUUUUACAAGUGGAAGCCGGGCCUUCAGGAGUGGGCAGUCCAAGCGUAUGCUGACGUGCUCCCACGACUGGGUAAUUUGGACGACUUUUUCAAUGCAUUGAAUAGUGUGCGCAGCGAUGGUAACAGGGCGGCGCAUCCGACGGUGCACGAGGAGCACGCGCUUAAGGAGCUGCCGAGCCUGAUCGAGUCGAUGGAGCAUUGUGUGAGAGGGGAAGCCACAGCAGCGCCCGACAGUCAAAAGCUGCUUGAUGUUUUGAAAGCUUUGAAUUCGAAUUGA